AUGGCGUUGAAGCUCUGCCCCAAAUGUGGCCGAAUUCCGGUUCCAUAUCCGCUUAGCACCGGACCAGAUUGCGGUGACCCCUGGUACAAAGUACAGUGUAUUGUGGGGACACUCUGGUUGGAUGCUUACAAUGGAUCAUCCUACAAGAUUACUUCUAUUAAUCCAAUAACUAAAACACUGAUCAUCCGUCCCCCAGGUUUGGCCAAGAAUACUUGUAUGGCAGCUGAUUUUGGAACCCAGGGGAUUCAGUUGGACGAAAAGCUUCCCUUUAACAUCACAAGCGCCAAUACAGUCAUGAUCAUGAAUUGUAGCGCCACGGUCCUCCAAGAAUAUGUAGCUCUCAAUUGUAGCUCAACAAGCGUUUGUCACGAUUACAUCAGGGGCAAUCCAGAGGCUAAAGCCAAUUGUGGGGCAUUGCCAAUUUGCUGUUGGUAUGUUACUGGGGGUACCAUGCAUACUUACAGGAUCAGGGUUCGUCCUGAAAGAUGUUCAGCUUAUCAAAGUUUUGUGAAUUUGGAUAUGAAUUUGCCUGUCAGUAAGUGGCCUGUGCCAGGGUUGGAGAUAGAGUGGUUAUCCCCGCGAGAACCGGAAUGUAAGCUCCCCGACGAUUGCAAUGAUUUAGUGAAUUCAAUGUGCUUGCCGGAUCUGGUUAAUGCUGGACAAAGAAGGUGCUUAUGCAAGCGAGGGUUUCAAUGGAACUCCAUUCAAGGUAUUUGUCAAGAUGUGAAAUGUGCACAAGGGAGACGUUGCAAGAAUGAAAAGAAGAAAUCCAUAGUUGGAGGUGCAGCCUUUGCAGCAGGUGUAAUAAUAGUUGGACUCAUUAUUACCAUUAUUAUAGCCUACAAGCAACGGAAGAACUGCGAGAGAGAAGCUGAAAUGAGUUUAACCAAGGCACAUAGAGAUCUUUUAAGCUCCAAUAGUGGCAAACUGGCCAAAUUUUUCACUAUCAAAGAGAUAGCCAAGGCAACAAAAAACUUCUCCAAAGACAACCUCCUUGGCUCAGGAGGCUUCGGUGAGGUUUUCAAGGGCAUUCUUGAUGAUGGAACUAGCAUAGCUGUGAAGCGAGCCAAGCUUGGGAACGCCAACGGUAUUGAUCAAAUCAUCAAUGAGGUCCGAAUCCUUUGCCAAGUUAACCAUAGAAACCUAGUCAAACUCCUUGGCUGUUGCGUUGAGCUUCAGCAACCUCUAUUGAUUUAUGAGUACAUCCCCAAUGGAACCCUUUUUGAUCAUCUUCAUAAGAUCUUCCCAGGUAAAAAGGUGACACUCUCAUGGCACCGCCGGCUUUGCAUUGCCUACCAGACAGCACAGGGUCUUUCCUAUCUCCAUUCUUCCGUGGUUCCACCUAUAUACCACCGUGACGUAAAAUCGAGCAACAUUUUAUUAGAUGAAAACCUUGAUGCUAAAGUUUCUGAUUUCGGGAUUUCCAGGUUGGGUUUCAGUGAUGUCAGUCAUGUUACAACUUGUGCUCAAGGCACUUUAGGUUAUCUCGACCCCGAGUAUUACCUUAACUUCCAACUGACCGAUAAGAGCGAUGUGUACAGUUUCGGAGUAGUUUUGUUGGAGCUGUUAACUUCCAAGAAAGCCAUUGAUUUUAACAGAGGAGAAGAAGAUGUGAACCUAGUGGUUUUCGCAAGGAAAAUCCUCAAAGAAGAAAGAUUCAUGGAUGUUAUUGAUCCUUGUCUUAAACAAGAAGCUGGUAAAAUAGAAUUAGAGACAAUGAAAGCUCUAGGGUUUUUAGCAGAAUCAUGUUUGAAUGAGAGAAAGCAGAAUCGACCUUCGAUGAAAUCAGUUGCGAAAGAGAUUGAGAGUAUUUUGAGUGCUGUUUCAAGUGAAGUGCUUGAAGGUUAA